AUGGCGCGCCGCCGCCUCCCACUGCCGCUGGCCCGCCCGAGCCUGGGUCGGGCCCCCCUAGCCCAUCGGUUCCGCUCCCACAUCGCCGCCGGUCGCGCGGGGCCCAGAUCCGGCCCGCCCCGGGUCGAACCGGGCCUCGCCGGGCCCCGCGCCGCCGCGCCCGUCCUCCGCCUCCUCCCGCAGCUACCCGCGCGCCUCAGCUCCGCCGCCCGCCGGACUCCGCCGGCCGCCCGCCGGACUCCGCCGGCCGCCCGCGCCUCCAUGCCGGACCUCGCCGCCCCGCUCCUCCGCUCGCGCCGCCCCGCACCGGCGACCGCGCCCCCCAUCUCCCCGUCGCCGCCGGCUCCAGCUCCGGCCAGAUCCGGGCCGGCGCCGCCCGGAUCUGGCACCUCCGGCCGCCGACGCGUUGUCUCCGGCCAGCCCGACCCCGCCUCGGCUCGCGUGCACGAAGAACCCUAG